AAGGCGUUUCCUUUCCACUUUUAAAGUUUUAAAAUUUACGUCGAGCUCAAAAGGAUAUUUUAAAAUGGCGGACGAUCUAGGCGUUCAAAUCACCAAAAAGAGGACCUUUAGGACCUUCAAGUACCGCGGCUUUGAGCUCGAGAAGCUCUUGGAAAUGCCCAUUGACCAACUCGUCGAGCUCUUGCCUUCCAGGAAGAGAAGGAGGUUCGCCAGAGGUGUCAAGAGAGAGUCCUUGACCUUGUUGAAGAAGCUCAGAGCAGCCAAGAAGGAUCUUCCAUAUGGUCAAAAGCCAGAGCCAGUCAAGACCCACUUGAGGGAUCUCAUCAUUAUUCCAGAAAUGAUUGGUUCCAUUGUUGGCGUCUACAAUGGCAAGCAGUUCAUCAACGUUGAAAUUAAGCCCGAAAUGAUCGGUUAUUAUUUGGGUGAAUUCUCCAUUACCUACAAGCCUGUAAGACAUGGCAAGCCGGGUAUUGGAGCCACACAUUCUUCCAGAUUUAUUCCACUCAAGUAGAAGCUUGAUAUAGAUAAGUUGCUGACUGUCU